UGUUACGCCGCGCUUCCCUCUCGAUCGAUCGAGCCAUGGAUUCCGGGAACCGAGGGCCAAUGCCGGGGCUCUCGCCGGAGGCAGCGGCUCGCUUUGGAGAGGGAUCAGCCCUCGUGCUCGCUCGGUGGACGGCGCUUCAAAUGGCGGUCCAGAACGGGUGGGGUGGGAGAGAAUCUCGCCAAAAGGCCGAUAAGCUUGCCUCUGCCGUUCUUUCUUGGUUCUCCAACGAUAAAGCACCGCUUUAUAUAGAUGAUUUGGAAAACCUACUGGAUGAGAACAUGGUGCUUUCCUUCAAUACUGAAAUCGAGGAUGGCAGCGUAGAAGAGGUUGCUGAGCAAUUGAUGAUUAUGCAUGAAGACUGUCUGCAAGGAAAUUUUGAAUUAAUUGAUCAAUUGAUCGUGGUUAAUGAAAACGAGGGUGAGAAUUCAGAUGAAGAUGGAUCGGAAAUGAUGGUUGAUGAACCAGAACCAAAGGAUGUGGCCAUGAAUGAGCCAAAACAACCGAAACAAACACCUGAUGAAGAGGGUGUUGGUGAAGUGCUAAUAUAAAUAUUUCUUACUUACCAUUUUGGUUGAGCAUUUCUUUAUUUGAUCUACACUCUUGUAUCUUUCCCUUGACUUCUUUGUUUGAAAGGUUUCCCUCUUCUCA